AUGGAAGCUCCUCUGCGCCCCACCGAGCCGGGAAGUAGCCACCGGAGGGGGAUUGGCUUGGAUUCCAUCCCCGAAGACCUCGUCAUCGCCAUCGCCUCCUACCUUGGCCCGCGCGACCUCUUGUCUCUGGGUAGCUGCUCCCAUUUCUGGUAUCAUCUCUGCGCUUCCGACUACCUCUGGGCCUCCCUCUCCGCAUGCAGGUGGCCUUUACUUGUCCCGCCGUGCUUGCCGUCUCUCGUUGCCGAAGGAUCAUCAUCCUCCUCAUCCUCAUCAUCGCGGUCAUCGUCUGUUUCUGCUGCAGGCGUUUCUGUUCAGGUCUUCACUCUGUGGGAUUCUGUUUUCCCCAAUUUCUUCUUUUACCAUAAGCUUCUCCAUUCUCAAUUACUCGUCGCACUUCUUUAGUUCUCGGCUGCUGUGAUAAUUCUUUGGACUGAUGAUGGUGAUGAAUUUCAUCAUCGUCUGUUUCUGCUGCUGCCCAAAGAGCGAAGUGAACCGAAUUCCAAUGCAUUUCUGGGAUGAUUUAGGUAGAGGAGUUAGUCCCUCUGGAAUUCACUUAGAAUCAAGCAUGCGGGCUGAGAGAUCAUGAGAGAGAAGAGGACACAUGAGCAUCCAUGGAAGAUUACAGUGAUGAAACCUUGGAAUGAUUCGCUCUGUUGCGGUUCUCAUGGAUCAUGAUGGGUGACCCAUGAUGAAUCGGAUUGAACCACCACUGAAUCUGCUGCUCAUGCCCGGCAUAUGAUACCAGUGUAUCAUGAAUCAUGGCGUUUAUUCUUGAUUGAAAACUGUGCAUAAAAUUCGUCCAAUUCCAUCUUCUGAUAAUUCUUCGGAUUGAUGAAAGAUCAACAUGAAUGCUGCAGGAAUGGAAAGAAUUCUACAUCAGGCGCCACCAAGAGAUGGCCUCGAGGGUCUCCAAUGUCGUGACUUUUGUGAAAAACUGUUCUCAGAACGAAUCACUCGAGGGUAGCGAUUUCUUGAAAGCAGUUGCAGAUUUGCAAUCAAUGGGCGCCGGAUUUCUGGAUAUCAAGUUCUUCCUACUGACGGUGAAGCACAGUGUGCUGCUUAAUCUGAUCGGCCUGCACUAUCUGAUCUUUUCUCUACGAGUCCCUGUAAGCAACCAUUUUUUUUUCAAAAUUCCCUUAUCCUGCUCGAUUCCUGUUUAAUAACAUACUGUUGAUAUUUCUUUCCUCUUUUGUAAGAUUUUCCUUUUGACCCGCAAGAAGAAUGCAUCAUCAUCUUCACUUUUUGAAUAGAUUCUGCCGAGAAACUUGAUUCAUCUCAGAUGGAUCUGGCUCAUUCUGUUCAUCUUCCAUCACACGAACCUGUUUCAUCUUCCAGCAAAAUUGAGGCGGAAGUUUUCCAUCUUGAUCUUAAAAUUUUCCGUCUUGUUGACAAUCUCGGCAGGGCAUUGAUGUGACGGAAGCCCUCCGAAGCUCCUGCAUAGCAGAGCGACGGGUCUGUGUGAACUGGUUCACACUGGGGAGGUGGUUCUAUGUCUUCCGUCACCCUGACGAGUCCCGCUCUCGCAGGGUCUCCCUCUGGGAGCUCGCCACUUCGGAGGAAGAAGUCCGCAGUGUUCUCAACCGAGGGGUCAUCCACGAGGUGCUGCGGGUUCAGAUCACUAAGGUCGUCGGCGACCCCUCGUAG